AUUAUUAUAAUUUUCAACAGACAAUAUAUUCUUUUACAUACAUAUGUUUAUGUAUGUGUGUGUGUGUAUUCAAAAUCAAUUUUCACAUGUCUUCUGGUUAAACAAUGGAGACUACUUGCUGAUAAUGAACCGGCGACAAGUAUGCAUUAGUUCAUUGGAAUGAGGUUGUCUUGUUUACUCAAAAUUUAAAAUGCCUCACUUCAUCAUAAGCUUAGUUGUUAAAGAAAUGGGAAAGUAAAAUAUAUUAUACAUACAUACAUAUGGGUGUAGGUGUACUUAUAGUACCCGAGUGCAUUAACGAUUAAAAUAAUUUAAUCAUUCUCUUAAACCUCUUAAAGUCGAGAUAAAUGUCACUCCCUUAAAUAAAAAUGCAUAUGCGUACUUGUUGUAAAAGGUGCUUUUUUAAGGUUCCAAGAUUUUAUUGAAAACAAAAAACAGAAAAUGUAUGAAUUGGACAAUCCCACACCACAUCAGGCAGUAAUGAUCUAUUCUUCGCUGAAAACAUUUGCAUGGUUAUUUGCCAAAGUAUUCAGUGUACUUUUAUAAAUUUCUAGUACAUUCACUUAUUUUGAUUAAACGCCUCUAAACAAGCACCCUUUAUUUAUGUAUUUAUAAACAUAUGUAUGUUCUUACAUACCCUGAAGAGCAUGUUAUCUAUGAGGAGAAUUAAAAUAAAUCUCGAAUGUAUGUAUGACAUACAUAUGUAUGUACGGUGUAAACCGAGUAAAAAGAUAACGGCCGAGUUAAAGGAAGACUAAUGAGAAAAUGCCUUUGGCCUUAAUAUAUUUCAUGUAUUCGAAAAAGUUAUUAUAGUUUGAAAUUAAAGAUUUGCUUAACUAGUUCUGGGUUUGCCUGCUGGGUAUGUUCAAGCAUAAAUACACAUACAUACAUGCAUGCAAGCACAAGUACAAGUAUGUACAUAUGUAUGUUGGGUAUGUGGUAUGGUUUGAAAUUGUCGUAUCAACUUGCUUGAACACAGUUGAACGCGAUCACCGGAACAGAUCAAACGCGCUGGAAUACAACAAAUAAAAGCAAAUUCAUAUAAAAUUAUUUAACUCAAUAAGGGCAUAAAAAGUUCUUAAUUAAUAUUUAUAAAAAUACAUCAGUUUAAUUUUCUUGUGACAUACAUAGGUACAUACUUGAACAUGCGUGGACAUACAUAAAUAGGUAUAUGAGCGUGUCUUUUUGCCGGUAAAUAAGUAAAACGUCGUGGAUUACGUUAUCAUUGUAAUUAAGUUAGUUUCGCAUUGCUGCUACUGUCAAAUAACCCACAACUCUUUCAGGGACAUCAGUACCUCUUUCUCUUCACUCGUGACAUGGCUGAAGAUCGUGAACUGAUUGCAAAGUAUGGCAAGCCGAUGCCAUAUGAUAGAAAUUUCCGAGGACCAGAAUGGCGAAAUCGAAGUUGCACAGAUGUACCGUGUCUGCUGAUUUUUAUCCUAUUUUUAGGCGGAUGGGGUUUUAUUGCACAAUAUGCAGUGCGCAAUGGAGAUCUUAAUAAAUUGGUUGUGCCAACGGACUCAUUCAAUCGUAAAUGCGGAAUCGAUUCAUCGGUGUUGGAUAAAAAGUAUUUAUUUUUUUUCGAUUUGGGAAAAUGCAUCGAUCCAGUUGUACCUCUUACGGGCUGCCCUACACAACAAGUUUGUGUUAAAAGCUGUCCCACACAGACUUUUAUCUGGGAUAGAAUGAAGAAUAAUCUCCCACUUGCUGAAUUGAGGGAGCGUUUGAUAUGUCUGAGCGACGUUGACAAAGACAAUCUUCGAACCUUAGAUAACAUGCAAGCAGCCAUUGACCAAGAACGAUGUGCGCGUGGAUAUAUGAAAAGUGCACCAUUCUUGAAUCGUUGUAUGUGGGAGCUUUCUCCUGAGUUGUGUGAACUGAUACCCUCCUUCCUCCUGCCACGCAAUAGACGCGAGGUAAAUGGGUCAGAAAAUGUUAGUUUGGUGGUUGGUGAAACACGAAAACUUCUCGAUGCGUUAGUGGAAGAUAACACCAAUUUGAUGGAAAUGAGAUUGGAAGCUCUCGCUUUGACAACAAUGCCCGAAACCAGUGUUAAAUCGAAGCAGCAGCUCGCUGAAGAACCCAUAAUUCAAUGCCGCCGUCGUACCGAGCAGGCCGAAACCAUCAAGCAAAAGGUACGUCAAGCUGACACGCGCCUGGCUAAGUUGAUAGGUAACAUGGUUGCACACUUCUACAACGGCACACAUGACGCACAGCAGCUUGGGGAAGAGAUAGUGGAAGAUAUUAUGAACUCAUGGUACAUUGUGCUGAUGGCUUUAAUGUGCACUUUGGUUGCUUCUUUGAUUCUGAUCGCCUUGAUGCGGUGGUUCGCUGCCCCGAUUCUGUGGUUAUCUGUUCUAGGCGUUUUGAUCGGGCUUAGUUUGGGAAUUUAUUCCAGCGUUAAGCAGUAUCGUUUUUGGCGUGGAACCGCAUCUGUGCCCAAUCAUUCGAUUAACUUGGAGGCAGCGGUAGAGAAUAUAUUUCAAAAAGCUAACACUUGGUUAUAUUUAAGCAUCUUUCUAAGCAUCAGUUUUUUAAUUAUUCUACUCCUGGUAAUUAUUCUACGUACCCGCAUCAAUAUAGCGAUUGCGUUGACAAAGGAAGGUAGUAAAGCGGUGUCAAGCAUUAUAUCAACUGUUUUUUUCCCAAUCCUUUCGUGGAUCCUUUUUAUUUUGGCUGUUACUUUUGCGGUUGCAGUUGGUCUUUAUCUAGGCACAAUUGGUAACCCAUCUUUCCGUAUGAUACGUCAAUUGGACCCUAACAGCAAGACAGGUGUUUCUAGCGAGAUUUGUGAAUGUAUAGGUGCUGCAAGUGAAUAUAAAGUUGGCGGACGUUGUGACCCUCAAAUUUUUGAACAGAAUUGUUUCGUUAAUGUCGAUCAGCAUAUUCCUUGUAGACAAACCUCUUGCAGUUUCGCUGAAAUUGAGCAUCCGCCAUUUGUAACAUGGUCCAUUUGCUACAAUGUGUUUGGGUUUUUUUGGUUGACAUUCUUCAUUGCGGCCUUUAGUGACAUGGUAUUGGCACUUACUUUUGCCACUUGGUACUGGACCCUCAGGAAGCGAGACGUGCCCUUCUUUACAUUAGGACGGGCUUUCCGUCAAACCAUCUUCUAUCAUCUUGGCACUUUGGCGUUUGGCUCGUUAAUUCUUGCUGUGUGUCGCAUGAUACGCGUGGCAUUGGAAUAUAUCGAUUCCAAACUGAAAAAAUACGACAAUACAGUAACCCGAGCUAUACUCUGCUGCAUGAAAUGCUUUUUUUGGUUACUUGAGACUUUUUUACGUUUUCUGAACCGCAACGCGUACAUCAUGUGUGCUAUACACGGCAAGAAUUUUUGUGCCAGCGCCAAAGAUGCUUUCAAUUUGAUCAUGCGUAACUUCCUGCGAGUAAUUGCUGUUGAUAAAGUCACUGAUUUCCUGUUCUUUCUAUCGAAAAUAUUGUUAACGGCUGCUGCUGGCGUUGGUACGUACUUCUUUGUGGUACGUAGUCCACAUUUAAUACAACUGCACUAUAACGCGGUGCCGGUAACGGUUGUUGUGUUAGCGGCUUUUAUUAUGACAACCGUCUUUUUUGGCGUCUACUCUAUGGCGGUGGAUACGCUCUUCCUGUGCUUUCUGGAGGACUGUGAACGCAAUGAUGGCUCGCCAGAAAAGCCUUUCUAUAUGUCGAAACAGUUAAUGCGAAUAUUAGGCAAAAGAAACAAGUUACCACGUCCAAUGAGUAGUAGUUAAGAAGCAACCUAUACAAUAGGAGUGCACAAAAGAGUUUGAAGUUAAUUUUAUGAUAUGGUUGGUUAGUGAGCAAAUCUGUAGCAUAGAAAGACAUUUUGUGAAAAAUACAUUUAUAUAUUUAUAUAGAUAUACUGGCUUUGAAAAUAUUCGAAUCAGUGGAAACUAAAUUUGGAAAGUUUUUGAAAAACUAAGAAAGGGUUGUGUUGAAACCAAUGGCAAUAUACAAGUAAUAUAAUAUAAGAAAAAAUGCAAGAUUAAAUAGAUGUAUAUAAGUAAAUUCAAUAUAUAUAUAUACACGCAUACACAUACAUUAUUUCGUUACAAAUAAUUACAAACAAAAAUAUUUUUUUUUACAAUAUUAUAAUAACAAAGAAACAAUUUAAAUAAUGAGGAAGUUUUAAAUUACACGUGGUACUCUUACCUACCAUUGUCCCUUGGUGCUUGUUUCAAUUGCUUCAAGUGAUUUUUCAUGCGAUUUUGCUACAUAGUGAUUUAUCGAAAAAAUAUACAUGAAUUGUAUAUCAAUGUAUGCCAAAAUAUUUAUUAAAGCGAACUUAUUGUUACAUAUAAGAUUAAACAUUUACAAAUCACCUUAUUUAUAUUCUAUUUUUAUGAAAGUAAAUAAAGGAUACAUUUCUACAAAUACACAUGUAUGUAUGUACAAGGAUGUAUGUACAAACAAAUUUUUCCUGAUUUAUUUUGUUCAUAUUAUUGAAUACGAAGAUUUGCUCAACAAUUUCAAAUGAAAAUACUGAAUUAAUUACUUAUGUUUGGAGAGUGAAAAUUGACUGAGUAGAGAGUGUAAAUUAAAGAAGUCUAAAAAUUUUGCUUAUCAAAGGUUAAAUAUGUAAUUAACACAAGUGAAUAAGCAUAUAAUUUUUAAUAUAUUGCAUUUAUGUACUAAAAUCGCGAAACAUAUUUAUUAUGCUAUGAAUUCAUAACAAAUAAAAGAGAAGGCACUGA